UCGGAGUGCAGGGCUCCGUGCCGGGCUCGGCCCGACGCUCACCGACGGGCUGGCUGCUGCGGCCGGCCCGGCUCAGCUUGUGUGGAGUGGUCUAUUGCUUCCUUUCGCAAAAGCGGCCGUCGGGGCGUUCUGAUGUCUCCUUCCCCUGCGGUGCCCGCGUGCUGUUCCCGUGGCUCAGGACGGGUGCUGUGCCCAGCCGGCUGUCAGGGCUGUGAUGGAGCCGGGGUUCCCCUUGGGUUUGUUGUGGUGGCAGAUCUGAAGCAGAGGCCUGCCGUCGUCGCACCCUGCCUUGUUGCAGGUUUGCCUUCGGUAAGGAUGGGGGUUUUCCACGAGCCCUUUCCUGGCGCGGCUGCUGGGAGCUGCCAGGUUUGCACGGCACUCACCCUAACAGCACUGCUGGCACCUGCCUAAUGCUGACACACGGACAGGAUUUUAGAUUCCAACUGGAUUAAUUAUUACUGCUGCACACAGUGAACCUUCAACUGCUUCUUGAAAUUCAUCACCAUUCAGUUUUCUUACUGUUGUAAUUAGUUGGAUCAGCAUUUAAGCUGUGUUGGGUUUUAGCCAAUGUACCCAAUGUACUCAUAGACAGAAGUCAGGACAGCAGUGCUGUGUUCCUGAGGUCUGCUCCACACUCACCUCCCCAGGAACAGUGAUGUCCCUGAUGCUGUCACAGAGCCUACCAUGUACAGCCCCUAGUAAACCAAACAGUUGAUGCUUUCCAGCAGUUGAUUAAAAAAUAUCUUUAUUUCCUUAACAGCUUUGGAUGCAAUUAGGUGCUUGUUAAUUGUGGCUGAACUUUCUGUUGUGCUUGCUUGUGCUCUUCUGGAAAGCACGCUGGCUGUGACCCUUCUCCUCACCUUCUUGAGGUUUAUCCAGCAAGGCUGUGUUGGCUUCAGGGAGGUGAGCUGUUGGAACUCACAUUGCUUUGUGCAGAACAGAUCUGAGCACUUCGAAGAGUCAGAGGGUUACUGAGAGGGGAGUGGAAGGAGUACUGCCAUUGCCACAGCCUGCCUCAUUUUAAGGUGAUGUGUUCAGAUGGAUGCUGUCCCAUGGUCCUGCGGUCCUUGGGCUGGCUGACUUGGGGCUGGCAGGGCUGCUGUCCCUAGCAUGAAACCCCACAGCCUGAAGCGGGGGUAUAUGAUCAGAUGUGAUUCCAUUGAGCUCACUGGAAAUGGUUCAUAAAGUUCUUAGGUUAAAUGAUUGCUAAUUAUUCCCAGCUUGACAAUAUCGCAGCAAGCUCUGUGCUGCUUUAAAGGAAAGAUUUCCCAUCUGAUGUGUUGUGUGUUUGAAUGUGUGCCCUGCAGUGCCAGCCCAUCACCCCCGUAGGCUCCUGGCUGCCUACGGGCUGACUGAAAUGCAGAAGUGUGGGCAAGGAGUGCUCCCUGAGCUGACUCUACUGCUGGGGCCCUGUGUGGCAUUGGGGGUUCUCUGCUGCUUUCCCAUCCCUCUGGGUUCAUGCAGGUCCUGACUCAUGGCAGGUGUCUGGGCAAGCUGCUGUGGUUCUGACCGGCUGCUGGCUGGGAUUGCUUUGGUGAAUGCAGGUUUGCAUUCUGGAGCAAGUAUGCCACCUGCUAUGAAAGCUGUGUUAUGCAAGGAGAAAGCCACAAAGUGUGGGCAUCCCAGUGGUGAUGGAAGCAGCAUGUCAGCCUCGCUGUGGAAGGGAGCGGAGCUACUUUACCAGGCAGUACUGAGCAUUGGCAUCUUGUUGAGUCAGGGCUGAGUACAAAUGCUGUGAUGAAUAUUCACUUUUCCUCUAUGGGGUGUGCUCAGUGCUGGGUCAGCCGUGCUCUGUGGAAGAUGGAGCUGGCUGUUAGGGAAUCCGUCUUGGACCCAAUGAACCAAAGUCACUAACAAGGGGCUGGCAGAUCAUACAGCAGCCUCCUGCAGCCAGCGUGCAGCAGGGUAAUUAAGAGUCCUCCUCUGAAAGUUUCUUGUGUGGUCCUCUGAGGUUCUGGGUAUGGGUUGUCUGCAUUUCCCUUCCUGCAUCCAGGCAAGUGCUGUACUGUGACUCUAAUUUCCAUACAUUGCUUUUCACUGGUGCCUUUUAACCUCCCUUGCUUUGUGGAGCCUGCAAGCAUUGCUUGUGUCUGCCCGGUUGGAAGGGAGUUGGAGGAGCACCCAGCCUGUAGAGAGGAAUCAGUGCCUGCAUGCAAUGGGCUAAAAGCAGGUAAUCACAGCUCCUGAUCCUCGCUGUGCUUCUGUGCUUGGAACAGUAAAACGAUCCGUGUCAUUGCACGCAGCCUCGCUGUGUGAUGCCCCUAUCACUUUAGCAACCAGUGAGCAAUGCACCAGUGCUUCUGCAGCUCAUUUGUCAGCUCACUGCUUGUUCCACAGAGCUCAUCUGCAGUGUGCAGAGGGCAGGCUGCACCUGCCCUUGGGAUGGCUUUCCUCCCCUGGAGUAGGUGCUUGCAAGAAAAUUGCAGACCUUGGCUUUUUUGGGAGCAAAAAGGAGAGAGAUGAUGCCUCUGUGAAACCUGCUUUGUUGUUUGGAUCCAGUCUGUCACCUUGCUCUUGGCUCAUGAGCCGUGUGUGUUGUGACAGUGCUGGGACACAAGUACUGCAGGUGCAGUCCCUGUUAUUGUGCUGUACUCCUGGAGGCCUUCAGCCCCACCUGCUACUCCUUCUUGCCACCUUCUCCACAGGCACAGGUCUUAUGGCUCAGCAGCAUUUUCUGUUCUAAUUGCUUUUGUUGAUGUGGGUUCUAUUUAGCCCAACUCUGAGCCACGUUGUGAUUUGCCAUGUGAUGGCUUUUGGUGACCUGGGCACUGAGGUUGUGAGGCUGAUUCAGGUGCUGGCUGAGGAAUUAAAGAAAGAUCCACUUCUUUCACUUCACCAUUAAUCCUAAUAGUGGCAGGGAGUCUAACUUGUCAUCUAACUGCACUCUCUUCACAAAGAUGCUACAAUACAGCUGUCCCAAGCAAUGCCUCAGACCACUUUGGGAUGCUCUGAAAAGCAAGCUGUCUUUGGAAGGUGCUGUGCUCAGUGGUGGUAAGCCUGUGUCCUGUGGGGUGGGAUGCUAAUGGCAGAGCAGUGAGUGACAAGAUGGGAUGGAUGGGCAGUGGCAUGGAUAUGAGAGGCCCAGAAAUACAGGCUGGGCUGAGCCGAGCCCCAUAUCAGUGUGAUCCUGGAUAAUCAGCUGCUGCAAUUCUGAAACAUCCUGCACAAGCAUUUUCUUUGCAGUUAAUCAGAUGAAAUGCUCCAAAACACAAUCCUACUUGACCCACAUAAAAUGUAAAAUUAAUUCCUAUCCCUCAGCAUUUGUCAUGCUUUUCUGAACCUCCGUGUAAGCAUAAAGCACCGUGGUGUAUCUCAGCUGCAGGGACUGCAUCGAGCUGGCUGUGCUUGGAGGUUGUGUGCAGGAAACUACUUUGCAAGCCACUUCUUUAUGGGAGGUGAGAAGUUUGACACCCCUCACCCCGAGGGAUACCUUUUUGGUGAGAACAUGGAUCUAAACUUCCUUGGGAAUAGACCUGUUCAGUUCCCAUAUGUGACCCCAGCUCCCCAUGAGCCCGUGAAGACACUGAGAAGCUUGGUGAAUAUCCGCAAGGACUCACUCCGCCUCGUGAGGUAUAAAGAUGAUGUGGACAGUCCUACUGAGGAGAAUGGGAAGCAGAAAGUCCUGUACAGUCUGGAGUUCACUUUUGAUGCAGAUGCUCGUGUUGCCAUCACAAUCUACUGCCAGGCUACAGAGGAGUUUGUUGGUGGCAUGGCUGUAUACAGCACAAAGAAUCCUUCUCUGCAGUCUGAGACGGUUCAUUACAAGAGAGGGGUAAGCCAGCAAUUCUCCCUGCCUUCUUUCAAGAUUGAUUUCUCAGACUGGAAGGAUGACGAGCUGAACUUUGACUUGGACCGUGGUGUGUUUCCAGUGGUCAUCAGAGCAGUGGUGGAUGAAGGGGAUGUGGUGGUUGAGGUGACAGGCCAUGCCCAUGUUCUUCUGGCUGCAUUUGAAAAGCAUGUUGAUGGCAGUUUCUCCGUGAAGCCAUUAAAACAGAAGCAGAUUGUUGACCGGGUGAGCUACCUGCUUCAGGAGAUCUAUGGCAUUGAGAACAAAAACAACCAAGAGACCAAGCCUUCAGAUGAUGAGAACAGCGACAACAGCAAUGAGUGUGUGGUUUGCCUGUCAGAUCUCCGGGACACUCUUAUUCUGCCCUGCAGACACCUCUGUCUGUGUAAUUCCUGUGCUGACACCCUGCGCUACCAGGCCAACAACUGCCCCAUCUGCAGGCUGCCUUUCCGUGCCCUGCUGCAGAUUCGAGCUGUGAGGAAAAAGCCAGGGGCUCUCUCACCAGUGUCAUUCAGCCCUGUCCUGGCACAGAGCGUUGACCAUGAUGAGCAUUCUUGUCCCUUUAAACCCCCUAAAGUGAACACUGUCACUCUGCCCAGCAGGAAACCUAAAAGGAAAACAAACUCUGACAACAUCCCUCCAGGCUAUGAGCCUAUUUCCUUGCUGGAAGCUCUGAAUGGCCUUCGCUCUGUGUCCCCCUCCAUCCCGUCAGCUCCUCUGUAUGAUGAAAUCAACUACUCUGGCAUGGUGGAUGGGAUGCCCCCUGCAAACCGACCGCUUGUUGGGAUGGACAGAACCGUGGAGAGCAGCCACCAGAAGGGCAAGCGGAGCAAGUCUCCAGAUAGCACACUACGGUCUCCCUCAUCCCCAAUCCACGAGGAGGAUGAAGAGAAACUCUCCGAGGACUCGGACUCACAGCCAGCACUGGGCGGGGGUGAGCUGGUCCUGAGGGAGACCAGCUCCCCAGAAAGUGUGGAAGGGGAAGAGAUGGAGGACAGCUCAUCCCUGCAGAAAAGUGGCUGUCCUCCCUCUGUCGAAGAUGUCCUGCAGGAUGGUGGCUGCGGGGAGCACAGGAGCCUGACGCAGUCGGACACGGACCCUCCGGUCGAUGUCUACCUGCCAGGUUCGUCCGACUUCGCGCAGACGCUGCCCGGCCGCGGCUCCGCCAGCCCCACGCAGCCCCUUCUGUUCGAGCAGACGCGCCUGCACCUGGAGGACGAGCACCGCCUCUCGUGAGCGGCCCCGUGCCCGCAGCCGUGCCGCGGGAUCCCCGGGACGGGGCCGCGCCGGUGGCCGUGAGGGGCGGGACGGAGCGGGAGGACAAACGCUGCCGCCGACGUGCGCCCCGCGCCCGCCCGGGGCGGCGCCGCGGCCCCGCGCGUUUCCCCGGGAGCGCCGCGCACGGAGCGGAGCGCCGCGCCCCGUCCCGUCCCUUCCCGGCCGCGGGGGCCGGGCGGUGCCGCCGUGUGCCUUCGUUCUGCUUCGUGCCCGGGCGGCGCCGCGCCGCGCGUUUCUAUGUUUGUAGGAAUAAAGGCCGCGGUCAGCCCCGC